AAAACACUCCGCUCUCUACUGCUUUGUUCUCAGUUCGCUCGUCGCCUGUUCCUGCCUUUCAAUCUCGUUCUCCAUUUUAGGGUCUUCAUUUUGCACCCGAUGUCUUUUGAUCACAACAAGGAACAUUCAUCAAUUAUUAUAGCAUUUUGUUUUAUGAACCGAGGCAGACUCUGGUUGCGGAGGAUAUUGUUUCGGGACUGGACUUGAAACUCCUUUUCUUUGGAGGAAAGGUUCUUGAUUCAUUCACUUCUUGUGAGGAAUUUCUAGUUUGAGAUUUAAGGGUUCUUAUUAGGUAGGGGGACUCAAAUGGGGAAAUCAUCAUUGGCUCCUGGGUUUCGUUUCAAGCCAACUGAUGUUGAGCUUGUGCAAUACUACUUGAAGAGAAAGUUACUGGGGAAAAGGCUUGGUUUUAAAGUCAUUGCAGAGGUUGACAUUUACAAGUAUGAUCCUUGGGAUCUUCCAGACAAAUCGUGCUGGGAAAGUGGAGAUCUGAAAUGGUAUUUCUUUUGUCCGAGAGAAAAGAAGUAUCGUAAUGGGAAUAGAAUUCAACGUGCCACUGAAGGUGGUUACUGGAAGACCACGGGAAAGGAUAGAUCCGUUCUUUACAGUGGUGAAGUUGUUGGGUGGAUAAAAACUUUAAUUUUUCACACUGGUCGAGCCCCACGUGGAGAUCGAACAAAUUGGGUUAUGCAUGAGUAUAGGCUUGAAGAUCAGGGCCUGGCUGAUAGGGGUGUGCCUCUGGACUCAUAUGUGAUCUGUAUGAUUUUCCAAAAAGAUGGGUUGGGGCCGAAAAUUGGUGCACAAUAUGGUGCACCCUUUAAAGAGGAAGACUGGACUGAUGAUGAAGUUGAAACUUGUUCAGAAGCAAUCCUGCAUGAAAAUAUGUCUGAGCCAAACCUUGUACUGCCGAGCAACUGUAAUAGUUCCAUCACUACUAGCGGACAUUCCCCAAAGGGUAUACACACAAGUCCUUCUGAAUCAUGCAUAUCAGAUGUUUUACCACCUUCUUGCAAUGUUCACCAAUUGGUUUCCAGUAAUCAUGUUACAAUGGAGAAGCUUCAUGGUUCCGAUGAUGAUAUCUUGUCAAUGUUGAAUUGCUUCACUGAAGGAAGCACUUCCUUAAUGAAAGAAAAUGAGAAAAAUGAGGAGCUUGGUAAUGUCAUUCCUUCUGGAAAUGCUAGUGCUACACCCAAUUUCAAUAGUGAUGAUAUUUAUAAAGAUUUAGGGGACUUGGGGAAGAUGGCUAGAGUGAGUGAAGAUGGAUAUAAUUUCUCCAAUGUGCAUAAUUCAAUCUGUGCUCCGGCUCAAAUGCAGCUAGGCGACAAUGAGCAAUUCUUGGAGCUGGAUGAUCUAUCUUGGUAACCGUUGAAUUGCCCUGAUUCGACAUAUACUCAGCCUCCUACUUUGAUGGGAGAGAUGCCUUUUCCAGUUGCAGACGAGUUGAAUGUGUUUGAUAACUUCUGAAAUUAUUUUUGCUCUCCAGUCCUUCAGAUCAAAUUUGUUAACCAGUUUGCUAACUUUCAGAAGUUCAACUUAUCAGACACAACUUUGAGUUGCCUCUGCACAUUCAUUUUCAUUGUUGGGACAGAACGGUACUGAAAAUUGUGUUUACCGUGUUGUAUUAAAAAUUAUCAGGUUUACCUGGGAUUACCGUAUUGUUUUACUAUAAUCUUUUACGAGGGUUUACGCUUAAACUAUGCUUGUGUACUUUCGUAGUGUGUUUCUUUUGGGUCGGUAACGUUGAGGUUAUAAUCAAGAGGUUGUGUGACUUGGCUUAUGGUUUUUUA